AUGCCGUGCCCACAGGCUGGUGUCACUGUGGAGGGAUUUUCGAGUGGGAAGAUUUGCAAUAGCGGUUCAGGGGCCUACGUGUCGUGCACCGCCCCAAGUCGCAGCGGUCCCAACGAGACGAAGGAAGCACCCACCCUCAGCUCCUGGCUGACCAACACGCCAUCGGAACGGGCCCACAACAAUCGUCGAGCCCGCUCCAAACAACGACGACGAGACCGCUUGAUUGCGGCCUCAACCACCUCCCCUCGUCGUGCAAGCAUGGCCACUGGAAGGAUGGUCACCUCGUCGCGUCGCGCGGGGCGGAUCACCAACAAAAGUCGACUUCUUGUUUACCGGGGAAGCGACAAGGUUGACCUGAGCGCGGCAGAGACCAUUGUGUGGAACAAUGACUCGGCUUCGGAAUCGGCCAACAAACACAACUCCCUCGGUGCAAAAGGCGUCGAGUCCGGCGAGCUCUUGGAACACCAUCUCCAAGCAGCGCUGUCGUCGGCCUCACUGCUCCACUCGCGAGAUGCGACAAAGCCAUCCAGCCCCACCAGCCGCGGUGACACGGCCAAGCCUGACUCGGCCCCCACCAACGCUGCGGCCAACGCUGCACUCAACUACCACAUUCCCACUCCCGACGCGACAGGUCUGGUCGACAAGACCGACUACGCCAAGCUGUACCAUGUGCACAAGUUUGUCGAGCCUGUCAACUACAUUCGUUUUAGCGACACUGUGGAGGAGGCCUCGGAGGGCCAAGGUGGCUUGGGCUACUGCAUGGACGAUGAGGACAUGGAGUGGCUCAAGCAGUUCAACUCCAAGGCCGAGGGUGGCAGUGGCGAGAGUGGCUCUCCAGCCAGCCCCUUGAACGGUCGCACUGACCGACGAAAGGGCAAGGACAAGGAGAAGCCUGAGCCCACUGCUGUCCAGAUCUCCGAGGACAACUUCGAGUACAUCAUGGGCGUACUGGAGAAGAAUUGCGAGGACACUUGUCCGAUGCUCUCCACCAACCUUGCCCUGAUCCCGACAUUCCCCCAAGUCGAAUCUCUCUUUUCGUCCCCCCUCCCGUCUUCUUUUUACCCGUCCAAUGAAGUCCCGAAAGGUCUUCCGGCUCCUCAGGCGCUCGCGCGCAUGGCCCGCUCAGUGUACCCGCACUGGAAGGUCAGGCGAGAGAAGCGCCAGGGUAAGCCGAUCAUGCCCGUCCUCAACUUCGACGAGACGAACGACAACGACCCCUACGUCUGCUUCCGCCGUCGUGACGUUCGCGCCGCUCGCAAGACCCGACGAACGGACAACUACUCCGUCGAGCAGAUGCAGAAGCUUCAGUACGAGCUUCGCCGUGCUCACGACCUCGCCAAGCUCGUUCUCAACCGAGAGAAGGAGAAGAAGUCUCUGUACACUACGGAGCGCGAGGUGUGGGAGGCGAAGUGGAAGCUGUUCGAGACGAAGCGACGAUGGCCGUCACUGGGUGUCACGCGAGAAGAGGAAGAGAUCAUCACCGGUCGACAGAAUGGUACGGCUGCAGCCGCUGCCGCCCGCCAUGGCCGCGUCAUCGAGAAGGAGAAGGAGGAGCGCGAGAGGCGUGAUCGGGCAGCAGAGGCUACCCGCACGAGCGAGCGGGUAUCCUCCGCUGGCAAGUCGAUGGCACCGGAGGCGAUCCGGGAACGAUUGCAGGCUAUCCACUCCAAACUCGACGAGGAGAUGGCUCGCAAGAAGGUUGCGGACGCCCACUGGGACGACUACACCGACGCCUCCUACCAGCCGCUCCCCUCUUCGCACGCUUCGCACGCGUAUCGUCAGAUCGGCAUCCUCGACCCUUGUUACAAGAACGAGGAAUCGACGGACGACGAGGAGGACCAACACCGCCUUGUCCACCCCAUGGCCUUCCGACUCCGACGAGGCCGUGCUGGCCGCGUUCUUCUCGACCGCCGUCUUCCUUCUCGUGCCGUUCGUCGCGGUCCCUUCCCCUCCUCUCCUGACCAACUCAAGGACUGGUGUUUCCCGGACCUUGUUGAUGGACGGGUGUCCCGCCGACGACCUCGCGCCAUUGAUGAGUCGGACGACGACAGCUCUGACGAGCUCGGCGACAUUAGGAGCGCUAAGCGCCAGCGCCUGAAUGAGCUGUUCCGCUACGACGUCUCUCGUGGCGGAGCCGUCGGUCUAGGUAUGGGUCUCUCCGGCGAUGACAACACAGUUGUCGUCGACGACUAUGAGGGCAAGUACAUCCAGCACCGAAUCGGCCUGCUGCAUGACUCGGACAUUGCCAAGCUCCGCCCGGACACCGCCCCCAUCACGCAAGCCCUCAUGGAUCUCGAGGCUCCCGUGGACCUGCCGCCGCCGCCCAAGUUUAUCAAGCCGGCCCCUACGAACCCUCAGCUUGCGGCGUACCAGCAGCAAAUGCUGCAACAACAGCAGAUGGAGCAACUGCAGCGCUUCCAGAUGCUGGCUCAGCAGCAGCAGGCUAUGGAGCAGGCGCGAUUGCAGCAGCAACAACAACAGCAGCAGCAGGCGCAGCCCCAGCAGCAGCAACAGGCGCAGCAGGCGACGCAGCAGCAGACCCAGCAGACUACCCAGCAACAGCAGGCUUUCGCGCAGGUGCAAGCGCAAGCCCAAGCCCAGGCGCAGGCUCAAGCGCAGGCUCAGGCUCAGGCGCAGGCGCAAGCACAGGCUCAGGCCCAAGCGCAGGCUCAGGGUCAAACGCCCGCUCAGCCCCAGCAAGUGCAGACGCAGGUCCAGCAGCAGGGUACGCCCAACGGAGUCGCGACUCCGAACGGCACCCCUCAAAUGCAAGCCAACGGUCUUCAAAACGGUCGUGCUGCUGCUGUCAAGCGCACUGUCACCGCAACCCCGUCCCCUUCCAUGCAGACCGCCCAGUCCAACGGCACCCCUCAACCCGGUACCCCGGGCGGUCAGCAGUUACUCGGUGCUGCCGGUCAGCAAACCCCACAGGUUGUCAACGGCAACGUCAUGCUGCCGAACGGCAAGCCCUUCGUUCCCGGACCUGGCGGGAUCCCCGGCGUGCCUACUCCAGUUGGUGCCAUCGAUCCUCAAAUCCAGGCCCAGCGGAUGGCCGCUGCCCGAGCCCAAAUAUUGGCUCAGCAAGUGCAGGCAGGACAGCAGGGUGGUGAGAUCAGCUUUGAGGCCCAGACGGCUGAGCAGCGCCGUGAGCUUGCGGCGCUUGCACACCAGAACGGCUACGGUAACAACGUUCAAGGCUUUAUCGACGCCCGCAACCGCGCCCGACUGAUCAGCAUGGCCAAGCUGGCGGCUGCGCAGCAGGCUCAAGCUGCCGUUGCCGCCGGUCAGGUUCAGGUCCACCUCGCGCAGCCCGUUGCGAACGGCCAGCAGCCCUUCCAGACUGCUGGAAUGCAGCUGAAGUUACCGCCUCACGCCGCCGCCCGACUGGCCGGCACCACCCCCACCCCUCCCGCACAGCAGCAGCAGCGUGCAUAG